UCAAAAUGAGCGGAAGAGGCAAAGGAGGCAAGGGGCUCGGUAAAGGAGGCGCCAAGCGGCACCGUAAAGUCCUGCGAGACAACAUCCAGGGCAUCACUAAACCCGCUAUCCGCCGUCUGGCUCGGCGUGGCGGCGUCAAGCGGAUCUCCGGUCUGAUCUACGAGGAGACCCGCGGGGUGCUCAAGGUUUUCCUGGAGAACGUCAUCCGUGACGCGGUCACCUACACCGAGCACGCCAAGAGGAAGACUGUCACGGCCAUGGACGUGGUGUACGCGCUGAAGAGGCAGGGUCGCACCCUGUACGGCUUUGGAGGGUAAACCUGGUCCUGGUCUCUGGCAACACAACGGCUCUUUUAAGAGCCAC